AUGGCAGUUGUAGAGAGAGUUGAAGGCGACAGCCCCGCGUCAUUUGGUGAGGGAACGGCUUCCACGGCUGAUAAGGCCGCCAGGCAAGCGUGGAUCACGGGGUGGAGGCGCACAUUCGAUCAUCUUCCGGAUAUCGAAAGCCAGUCCGUCAGGGCAGUUCCUGUCGUCAUUCUGGCACGUGGAUGUCGUGCACUCAUCCAAAUGACCAAUGCGGAUGAUACCGUCUGGUUAUCAUCGAGCUGGGCCGCCUUCGCGAAUGAUUACUGUCUACCGCUCGGUGCAGCACCCACACCUUCUACACUCUACCAAUCUAGUGACUGGGGUGGUAGCCCAGCAAACCAUGCAAAAUGCUUAUCUCAGCCGGGCCGGGUCCCAAACCCAGACAAACUCAACAAUCAUAGCAAACCGUGCAAACAGGUUCAUAUCCUCACGACAUUCCGGAAUAUUGAGGCCGCAGGUGGUCCCAUACUGUGCCUCGGAGCCGAUGAUCUGAACGAUUCCUCCAUUACCAAAUCCCUACCCACUACUGGCUCUAGACCAUAG